CCAAUAAAGAAUCGUUGAAGGUGUGGCUUGUAGUAAACUGGAAAACCACUGGUUAGCAGAGUCAUUUCAAACAUGCAAUGAGAAAAUGAUGAAAAUGGAUAUUUUGAUUGUAAAGCCAAGACGAAGCAGCUUCUUAUCAAAUUCCUUCAACUUUUCUAAAUCAUUCAAGACUUUUUGCUCCAAGAAAAACUCUCAGCAACCCCAACAAAACCCUGAUGAUGAUGAUGCAAAAGACAAUAAAACUGGUGACAAAUUCUCUACUGAUUGGGACAAAGCAUGGUCAAGCUUCAAGAAGCAGGGGAAGAAGAGCUUCUCAUCACAGUUUUCUCCAAACAAAUACGUGACCUGGAAUCCAAGGCGUUCAAACUACCCUUUAUCUGAAGAGGUUGAUCCAAUCAAGAGAACAGAGAGAUCAAACCUCAUGUUAUGGACUAGCCCCAGGUUUACUCUAGGUUUAGCCAUUGUGAUAGUCUCGUUAUUGUUAAUUUACACCAUUCUUGCUCCACCGAAGUGAUGAUUACUUUAAGAUUAGAUACAAGCCUCUACUGGCUGCUAGAAAAAUUAAUUUAAUUUCAUCAAAGUGCUGAGCUUAAGUAUAAUGUGUAUUCUUGAUUUUCAUGAUCCCUUGCAUGAUUUAGUGUCUAUAAUUUGAUGAUAUUCUGAGUUCUAAAGGAUGUUUCCACUGAAAAUACUAUAUUUGGUCUUCGAGAUAUGUUUGUUACUUGUUAGUUUGUUUACCUUUUGAAUGGUAUUGUUCACCAA